AAAAACUUUAUGAUCCAUUCUGUGUUCAGUUUGAAUGGUUACUUGUGUUUCUGAGGUGAAACUGGCGAUUAACUAUGAUUAUAACUAGAACAGACUGUGAGAAAAUUCUUCCCAACAGAAAAGUUCUGUCAGAUUUUGCCAUAUCCAAAUACAGCGAUGAACUCUGCGGUUUUUUUUCCGAAAAUUAUAAGCUAACACUUCAUUUUAGAGAUGAAAUCAGUGGUGUACUCGGAAGGCAAACGUUUUUCUUCAAGACUAUUCCCGAGAAAAUGUCCUGUCAUAAGGAAUACACUAAAAACAUGGGAGUGUUUAGAAAAGAAAUUUUAAUGUACAAGGAUAUACUCAACGAAUUAUCCAAAUUAAUGAGCAAGCAGUUUGCACCUAACUACUUCUAUUCAAUUACUGACAAGUUCUUAGUACUGGAAGAUAUGCGUUUGAAGGGUUAUAAGAAUUGCAAAACGGAGUAUUUGGAUUUCGAUAAAAUGAAAGCCGCUUUAGGAGCCAUUGCCCGACUGCAUGCCGCUUCGAUAGUUUUUGAGGAACAAAGGAGUAUUAACGGCCCUUUCAGGAUAAAUGAACAGUUUCCAGAAGCUUUGAGUGAAGCGACUUUUUCUUUCGAUGAGACUAAAGUCAGAUAUUUCUGGUGUCAAAUCGGCAUCAGAUGUUUGGAGGAAAUAAGUGUUUAUUUCAGUAGGAACGUCCGCAUUGCCAGUAAGCUGAGGAAAUAUUUUUUUUCUGAAGACGGUUUCAAAAAAUUCCUGCUUCCUUCUGAGAAGUACAGGAACGUUAUUUGUCACGAUGACCUGUGGUGUAAUAAUUUCAUAUUCGAUGACAAAAAUGACUGCAUUCUUGUUGAUUUUCAGCUGACAAGAUAUACUCCUCCCGUUUGUGAUGUCCUGUUGGCCCUUCAUAUUAAUUUGGAUAGUGAAGUUUUAGCUCAGAACAUGAACAAGUUUUUGGAUUGCUAUUAUGAUUUUCUCAGCUAUGAACUUUCUUUGAAUAACAUAUCAGCUAGCAAAGUUAUCCCCAAAAGUGAAUUUUUCGCCAGUGCGGAAGACUUCAAAUUACCGAUACUGAUCGAGUGCGGAUUGUAUGGUACCAAUGUUUUUCUACCAGAACACCUUUCACUUGAAAUCGUUUCUUGUGCAGAAACAUUCAAUCGGUUUUAUAUGACUGAUAGAGCGUUUUAUAUUCUGAAAGAAUUUCAUUGUAACGCAAAAUUCAGAAAGCGGUAUAGUCAAGUUUUAACGCCGUUGUUUGAAAUUUUGGAGAAAAUGCUAUGAAAAAAUUAUUUCAAUUUCAUAUAUAUAAAUA